CAAUAAGAUUGACGUGCCGGAGUAGAACACGGAGGUGGCGGAACCUUGGAUUUAGUUUUUUUUGGUGAACCCUCGUAGCUGAAUAACCGUACUUUUACGUGUGUUUGUUUGUACGCGCUGUUGCGUUUGUUUACUUUCCGAAGAUGGAAUCGCCCAAUUCUACGACGAACCAGCACUCGCUCACGAACAACCUGGUGACGGUGCCGAUUCCGAUCCUCCCGUCGGAGGGAACCUACGCGUACGUGUUCGUGAGGGGAUCGCUGUACGCCCGGGACAGCUCGAUCUUCGGUUGCUCCACGGACGAGGUGCAGGCCCUAUCGAAGCGCUUUCAGAUCAGCUCGAUCCCGAUCGACAACGGGGUGGUCAUCAAGGUGGCCCCCUCGCUGAUCAUCAACUCGCUGGCCCAGCUGGGCUACAAGGUCAUCUCGAGCACCGGCGAGGCGGAAGUCGUGUGGACGCUGCAGCGUGAGCUGUAGAGCUGUAUAGUUGAAUUGUUUUAAUGCAUGCCUACUGCGGUUGGCGUGCGUCGCCGUUAUUUUAAGCAUCUAAGCCACACACUGGAGCCAUCCAACUUGUAUUCCUCCUGCGCAAUAACAGCC